AUGGAUUGUGAAAUCCCGGACCCUGCCACGACAGCGGCAGCUCACCCAGCCUCCUACAUAUCCCUGUACGCUCUGUCGGCUGUUCUGCUGGUUCUGGGAAUACUUGCAUGGUUUCUUGGCGCCAACCAGAAGCCGCCCUUUUCACGACUGUGGUACCGCUUCUAUCCACUCUACCUGCUGCUGGCCGCAAUUGGUUAUGGCAUGUGGGCCAUCUAUUGUCAUGCGUACACGGACGGAGACAACUUUGUUCUCUCCUUUCGUCUGCUGAUCACGCUUUCUGUGGAUCCAUUGAUCGGCAUCGCCUUCUGCCUCGGUGAAGGCAUGCUGGCGAACAAGCGUUUUUGGCAGGUCUUGUGGAUAUUGAGUGGCAUUUUCAUGCUAGCAGUGCUGGCUGCAGCCGCAGCGACAUCUUCAGACGUAACGGUCGCUGGGGUUGCUGGCUUUGUGAUGUUCGUCGCGUUGAUCUCUUGGACUGCAGCAGCAUGGUUGCGGCCAUCGGUCUAUAACUGGUUGAAGGUGAUCGCAGGUGCUGUCCUUGUUGUGGCUCAAGUCGUGCUAGGAAUUCUUCAGCCACUUUGCGGCCCUGAGGCUCACGACACAUGCUACGCCCACUGCCCUUCACAGCCCGGCUUCCAGCAUGUUGUGUUUGCUUGCCUCGCUGGCACGGGCUACCUGCUUCUCAUGACCAUGCAAAUGAUGGAGCUCGACCUCAUCGUAGCCCCAGACUUCUUUUCCUGUGUCACUGUUUGGUUUGAGGGCACGAGCCCCACAAGCCCUGCAGAGUAA